CCUUUCGCAUCAUACGCGGCAGGAUUUUCUCGGAUCGGAGUACGCUACAAUUCAAAACGAGACGUUUCUGUUUAUGUUCAACACACCUCCAACAUAUUAUUCUGCUGUCUGCACGGAGAGCGAAGCAUUAAAAAAAACAUUUGGGGGAAUGUAACUUUGUACAGGAAGAAAGCUAACACGAAUGAUUGGCCAUUCUGACUGUUUUUUUUGUAUCAAACAUUGAGAUUUGUUGACAAAUUGCCUUUGUUAGCUGGUAAACAAGCGAACUCAACGAACUUGGUCGGAAGCGGCGGGUGGUAGAUGGUUGUCACCCGCUCACUGAGUGGUGUGUCUCGGCAGGAGGAGCGCAUCGACUCCGCUGGUUGCAGCGGCGACAACCAACAGGCACAUGCAGGAUGAGGAGGCGGAGCUGAAGCUCAGCUGACCCCACCCAUUUAGUGUGAGCUCCCUCCUACCCUCACCCAGCCAGCCAGCCGGGCCCAUGUUCUCUCCAGAGCAGGAAAAUAUCUCCCCCUCCUCCACCUCGUCCUCCAAAGUGCCAGUGAAAUAUGGAGAGCUCAUGGUGCUGGGGUACAAUGGCUCUCUACCCAACGGUGAUCGAGGCAGGAGGAAAAGCCGCUUCAGUCUGUCUAAGAGACCCAAGGCUAAUGGGGUCAAACCCAGCACAGUGCACGCUGCCUGCACCGCACAGGCAGCUAAGGCUAUCAGCAACAAGGACCAACACAGCAUCUCCUACACGUUAUCCAGAGGUCAGACGGUGGUGGUGGAAUAUACUCAUGAUAACAACACAGACAUGUUCCAGAUUGGUCGUUCCACAGAGAGCCCUAUAGACUUUGUGGUCACCGACACGGUGGCAGGGAGCCAGAGUAACUCAGACACCCAGUCGGUCCAGAGCACCAUCUCUCGCUUCGCCUGCCGUGUCAUGUGUCAGAGGACGCCCCCCUACACCGCACGCAUCUACGCUGCCGGCUUCGACAGCUCCAAGAACAUCUUCCUAGGGGAGAAGGCAGCUAAAUGGAAGACGUGUGACGGUCAGAUGGACGGGCUGACCACCAACGGCGUGCUGGUGAUGCACCCUCGCCACGGCUUCACGGAGGAUUCCAAACCGGGCGUCUGGAGAGAGAUCUCUGUCUGCGGUAGCGUCUUCACCCUCCGAGAGACCCGCUCCGCUCAGCAGCGGGGCAAGAUGGUAGAGGCAGAGAGCCAGGAGCUGGUGGAUGGCUCUCUGAUAGACCUGUGUGGAGCCACGCUCCUGUGGCGCACGGCCGAGGGCCUGAGCCGCACCCCCACCAUCAACCACCUGGAGGCGCUACGUCAGGAAAUCAACGCAGCCCGGCCCCAGUGUCCCGUCGGCUUCAACACCCUGGCCUUCCCCUCCAUGAGACGCAAGGACACCCCAGAUGAGAAGCAGCCAUGGGUCUAUCUUCAGUGUGGCCACGUCCACGGUUACCACAACUGGGGAAGCCACCGGGACAGAGACAGGCUGGACCGGGACAGAGACAGGCUGGACCGGGACAGAGACAGGCUGGACCGGGACCAGGAGGAGAGGGAGCAGGGCUGGAGCAGGGAGUGUCCUAUGUGUCGAGCCACUGGGCCGUACGUUCCCCUCUGGUUGGGCUGCGAGGCGAGCUUCUAUCUGGACACGGCUCCGCCCACCCACGCCUUCUCACCGUGUGGUCACGUGUGUUCCGAGAAGACGGCUGUGUUCUGGAGUCAGAUCCCGCUGCCGCACGGAACACACACCUUCCACGCCUCCUGUCCCUUCUGCGCCCAGCAACUGAGUGGCGAGCAGGGAUACGUUAGACUCAUCUUCCAGGGCCCUCUCGACUAGGGGGACUAUUUGUCCUUGGUCGGAACUACUUUCCUUUUAGUCGCAAAGGAACAACGCUUAGAACUUCCAACUGCCUGGGAUUUUGGGGCGGGGGGGGGGGGUUUCUGGAAUGUUCUCUCCGUUUCUGUUUGUCUCUCUGUGUUUUUAAGGGACCUUUUUCUAUUUUUGAUUUUUAUUGGGAAUGAAAACAAAGAUUUCUAUAUUUUCAUGUGAAACAAGAAGAGAAAGAAACCAACACUACUGGGUGAUAUCAUUUAGUUUUCUGAAAGAACUGUAAACUGUAUUUAUCUAUUAUACUAACAUAUGACCACAUAUGGGUUUAUUCUCCUUUAUUGUUGCAAUAUCCAUCCGUAUACAUCUUUAAUACUUCAAGUCCUUUAUUUCUGCCCAGACUUCAUAGUAACUCAACCAGAAAAUGAAGAUAAAGCUACAUUAGUUAUCCUCCUUUACUCUUCUUGGUCAAUAUGCUUCACUUCAAUACUCUUUAACAUUUUUAUUGUGCUAUUAGACUAUAAUAAUCGCAGAUCUCAAGUUCAAGGGUCGUAUGCACUCGAAGCUGAACGGAAGCAAACAGGAAGGGACCUACCUCAUUUGGUCUAAUGAGAAACGUUUGUUUUCCGUUGCAAAACGUUUUGCUACGGUAUGCAGUAAUGAGUACGACCAAGGUGUGUUU